AUGAAUAGUUUAGAUGAAGCAGAUGUUCAUCAACUCAGAAAUGUAAUUUCUGAAACGAAGGAGAUUGUGCAUUUGUAUUUAGAGGUGUUUCAUGGAUUGGUCGAACAGAUAGAAUCGGUUGAGAAAGUUGUACCAUACAAUUUUGAAAACAUUGUUUCUGAUAAUGUUGAAGAUUGCCCAGAAGAAGAAACUGUGGCACUGAAUACGGUUGAAGAAAAAAAUUUAUAUGAGUUUGGAAGAUUGACCGACAAAACUUUCUCAGACGGUGAAGAGUCAAAUAAAGGAUGGUCAGAAGAUGAGUUCACACACGGGAAAAAAGCUUCAGACAUAUUUUACGGUAUGCCUCCCAUACCUGAUUGUCCUGAUCCUAUUGUUGAACCCGGACCAUUUCACAGUUUAGGUCCAAAUGAUGAUAUGUUUGUUCGUCAAACAUAUGACAACAAACAAAAACUAAUUUUUUCUUUGAGUCUUAAAGCAACAAGAGAAAAGUUUCAGUUUAAGACCAAACAUUCUAACAAAAAUCGUUAUGAGGGAUAUUGUGAAAUUGAGAACUGUAGUUGGCGUUUGUAUGGAAAACGCCUUGAUCCCACUGAUGAAUUUGAAAUCAGGACUUCCAACAAUGUUCACACAUGUUCGUCAUUACAGAUACACCCUAAUCAUAAGCAUGCUAAUGAAAAAGUCAUGGGUACUAUAUUGCAUGAGAUUAUGGGAAAAACUCGUUCCAAGGUUUGGAGACCUAAUGAAAUAUCAAGGGAUUUGAAUGCUUUGCUGGAAAUCAACGUAGAUUACAAGCAAGCUUGGCGUGCAAAAAAAUAUGCUAUGGAACUGUUGUUGGGAUCCUCUGAAGAAUGUUUUGCCAAACUUCCUAUUUAUUUUCAUAAUUUGAAGAGGCAUAAUCCCGGUACAAUUGUGUAUAUUCAGACAGAUUCUGAAGAUUGUUUCGAGUGUUGUUUUUAUGCCAUUGGGAGCAUGAUACGAGCGUUCAAAAGAUUUUGUCGUAAAGUUAUAAUUAUGGAUGGUGCCCAUUUGAAGGGUGCUUUUAAGGGAACCAUAUUGCAUGCAGUAGCUAUGGAUGGGAACAACCAGAUACUACCCCUUGCGCACGGAAUAUGCAAAAAAGAGAGUGGUCUUACGUGGACAUGGUUUCCUGAAAAUUUGUAUGAAUGUGUUGGUGAUUGUCAAGAAUUGACUUUUGUAACUGAUAGGGCCGAUGCAAUUCGCGUUAGUAUUGAAAAUGUUUUUCCACAUGCUCAUCAUGGCUUGUGUGCUUUUCAUAUACUAGGAAGCAUAGUACACAAGUUUGGGAAAAAUGAUAAAACGAAUAUGUUGUUUUGGAGGCUUGUGAAAGCUUACAAAAGAAAUGUUUUUGAAGAAUUGUGGUAUAGAUUUAGUUCUUCUAGGCCGCAAGUAGCAGCGUAUCUAUGUGAAAUUCCCCGUGCUAAAUGGACUAGAGCAUAUUCGCCGUCGAAACGUUACGAUUACAUGACCUCGAACAGUGCAGAGUCCAUGAAUGCUUUAUCUAUAGAUGCAAGGAAGAUGCCCAUAAUACCCCUCCUUGAGUUCUUCCGACGUCUUUCAGAGGAAUGGUGUUACAAGCGUCGCAUCGAAGGAGGGAAACGUUCAACAGUGCUAACCGAGUGGGCUGAAAAAGUAGUUAGUAAAAAUGAAGAGCGUACGACAGGAUGGUCCAUUUCUGGUGUUUCAGAUGCACUUUAUGAAGUUCAUGAUUUCAAACAUGGUGGCAUAGUUGAUAUGAGGCAAGAGACAUGUACAUGCAAAUAUUGGGAAGGAAUUGGGUUGCCUUGUGGUCAUGUGAUAAUGGUCUUGAAGCACUUGAAAAAAAGUAACUUCGGACAUUUGGCUAUAGAUGCUUACAAAAUGGAAACAUACCGAAGUACGUAUGAGGAGCCGGUUUACUCCCUUCCAGAACCGUGUGAUUGGGAGAUUCCUGCUGACAUAAUGGUUUUGAAACCCCUGAUAAUGGAUACACGUCAAGCGGGUACACCGAGAAACAGAAAUCAUAUUCCGUCUCAAGGUGAGGAACCUAUAAUAAGAAGGUGUAGUAGAUGUGAUAGUACAACACAUAAUGCAGCGACUUGUCCGGCAUUCGUCCCAAAGAAACAAAAAAAGGCUAGAAAAACUAGUAGGGCAUCAGGUAGUAACACAAAAGGAAAAGGGAAAGGGACAGAAGGGACUUAG